AUGUCAUUGCUUAAGCAGGUUAAAUUCGGUAAUUCUGGUCUAAAGGUUUCACCAAUUAUUGUAGGAUGUAUGCAAUAUGGUUCAAAAGAAUGGAGUGAAUGGGUUGAAGAUGAUAAAACAAAAAUUUUUGGUAUUUUAAAACAUUGUUACGACCGUGGUAUGCGGACAUUUGAUACAGCUAAUGUUUAUAGUAAUGGUUUAAGUGAGACACUUUUAGGUGAAUUUUUAAAACAUUAUAAUAUUCCUAGAGAAACUGUCGUAAUCAUGUCGAAAUUGAAUUUUGCCACUGACGACAAAGUCAGUUUCGAAACUCUUAAAGAGAGAUCUGAGGAACUUAACUUACAUUUUGUUAAUAUGUCUGGUUUGUCUCGUAAAAAUAUUAUGGCUUCAGCUAAGGAGUCUGUAAGAAGAUUAGGUACGUAUAUUGAUGUGUUACAAAUUCAUAGAGCUGAUCGUGAUACUCCAUAUGAAGAGACUAUGAGGGCAUUGAAUGAUUUAGUUGAAAGUGGUAUAACUAGAUAUAUUGGUGCGUCAUCGAUGUUGGCUACUGAAUUUGCAGAAAUGCAAUUUACAGCAGAGAAAUAUGGUUGGUUUAAGUUUAUCAAUUCUCAAUCAUGCUAUAAUUUAUUGUAUCGUGAAGAUGAAAGAGAAUUGAUGCCGUUUGCCAAAAGACAUAACAUUGCGUUGACUCCAUGGUCUCCGCUACAACGUGGUCUGUUGACAAGACCUGUUGGAAUUAAGACUACUAGAUACGAUAGUGAUAGACAAUUGGAAAUAAGAAAGAUGAAGAACUUGAAAGAUUCUGAAAUUGAAAUUAUUAAUCGUGUUGAAAAAUUAGCCAAUGAUAAAAACGUUACUAUGGCUGUUAUCGGUUUAGCUUGGGUUAUUGCAAAAGGUUGUACUCCAAUCGCUGGAUUGAGUUCUAUUGCUAGAGUCGAUGAAGCUAUAAAAGCACUAGAUAUCAAAUUCACAGAAGAAGAACUUCAAUAUUUAGAAGAACCAUAUGAAUCUAGAUCAUAUAUGUACUAA